AUGCAGCAGGAAGGGUUCGAGGUGUUGAAAGAGGAACAGAUCUUCCACAGGUAUCUGACCAUCAUCGAUAGAGUUGUCAAGUAUCCGAAUGGUAAAGAAGUAAAGUUCGACGUUCUUACCUGCCCAAGCAACCAUUUCGUGACUGCUCUCGCUUUCUUCACGUCAACAAAACAGUUUGCUGUGAUCAAGGAGUACUUUCAGGGCGUCAACAGAAUAGGAUCGGCGAUCGCAUGUGGUAGAUAUGAACCAUCAAAACAUAACAGCAUCUUGCACGCAGCAGAAUGUGAGUUGUCGGAGGAGUGUGCGCUGAAGGGAGGGAAAUGGAUCAAACUUAUUCCCGAUGGACAUCCGGGAGUCAUUGAGGCGAAGUGGGCAGCGACUAGAUUCACACCUUUCCUUGUGAUCGAUCCAGAAGAGGAUGAAAAUCCACUCGAGAAAGACGAGGAGGAAUACAUGCACAGGGCAAGUGUAGAAUUUUGCGUGUUUCGUUAUUCUGACUUCAUGAACAGGAGAAUGUCACUUUAG